ACAUCACACCUUGCGUUUUUUUUUAUAGCACUUUAAUGAUGAUACUUUUCAAAUAAUAAUUGUAAUUAUUAAUCACAAUUUAGUAGGUUAAUACUUUAAUUAUUAUUUAUGAUUAUUUUGUUUUUGCAUGCGAUCCUGUCUUUACUUUGGCAUGACAUUUUUCCAAUUGAUAAACAUUUUGUUUGCAUGCUUUGUUUCUUGCUCUGCUUCUUCUUUUCCGUUUUCUCUUUUCCUCCUCCCUAAUGUUGAUAUCCUUAAAAAUAAAAACGCACUAAAUUAGGUCACUGAAUGAAAAAGGACAAGUCCGAAUUAUACCUGUCGAUUCGGGAAUGGGUUGCGAGGAUUGGGAAAGCAAAUAUAAACGGCGAGGAAAGCCUCGGCUGAGUGACUUUUUAGAUGAUCAGCAAAAUACUGCUCAAACGCUAACGUCUUAUCUUGAACCAACAAUCUCAGUCCUUCGAAAUACUCAACAAAUUGCUCAUGUGCCUGGAAUCUAUCCCGAGGGCUAUGACACGAUAGAUCGCCGGAGGAAAAAAAAAAUCCGGGACCCGGGAGGGUUUCUCAACAGAGAGACGCUCAAAUUGAGCGAAGAGGCUUUCCCGCCAGAUUUUGGGACAUUCUACGGGAAACGAGGGGAUCAAUUUAUUCUGCAUGCAUCCGAGAUGCAAGAAGAGGUGCACCGUGUAACAUCUGGCCCGCAGCAAUACGAAAACGGCCUUCUGUAUAAGACAAGAAUGUGGGCGCAAAACGAACUGGAUGCCACCUUUGAGAAUUACGUGGCUUACAAAAAGGAGCAAGAUGCAAGGAUGCAAUCACUCCAUGAUUUUGAUUUGAUGGAUUCUGGAGACCAUCAUAAUUUUUUUAGAGCAGAAGAAGAUUUGGAUGAUUCCAAGACGGUGAUUCCAAGACGCAGAAGAGACAAAACGUUCUCCUAUGAUGGCGGCAUGGACAAUCCCCAAGGAUUUCAGGAAAAGUACAGAAAAUCAAAAAUAAGUGGAUGGGUACCUGAAGCAGUCCUUUCACCUGUAGAAGAACCCAGCGACGAAUACGUAGACCCGAUGGAUGAGCUACAGUGUCUCGUUGAAACGGUUUCCGAAUAUCUUGCGGAGAAAGAAGAGGAAAUUAGUAAAUAUGGUUCCCUCCCUAAAUCAAGUAAAUCGAGGCUCUCAUCUCAAGGAAGUAGCAAAACGGAUUCUGUUGGAGAUGAACACAACACUUUAAAGGAACCUAAAGCUGAAAGUCAGUCACAAACUCCCUCUGGAAUUUCAGGUGUAAAAAAUGCCAUGAGCUCUUUAUUUAGUAAUCUCACGGACAGAGUCGGUAACAAACCGUCUGUGGUCGAUACAAAACCGCCAAACAUACCACCGCCUCAGUCUGGCAUCACAAAACUGCUCUCCUUCAUUCCAAAAUCAAACAGCUCCACUCCUGUAGCUGUUGUCUCUCCUGUGGAAACUUCAGAAAAUGUCUUUACUUUGCCUUCACAACCACCCUGCAAGGCCAAGAACCAAAAUGAAACGGACAGACAAGCUUGUGAUAUCAACGAGCACAAACAGGACUUGGGAACAAAAUCUCAAGCUCCAGGAAAUUCAGUUUUGGAAAAAUUAAAUCCUUUAAAGCUGUUUUCAUCUAGAGAUGAUCACAAGGAACAACCAAAGUCAAGCCAUGAUGAUCAUGCUACUGCUUAUCAAGAGAAACUACUUACGGAAAGCAAACUGAGCAAAACUUUUGCUGGUUCUGCAAAGCCUCAUGUUGAAACCCAAUCAGAAAACACAAAUUUCUUUAGUCUGAGGAAGUCAAUUAGUUCACUCAUCACACCUUUUCCCUCCAUGCCAGCUCAGGAAACGUCACCUGUGGCAGUCUAUCCAAUAUUUCGAUCUUCAGAGGAUCCAGUGUUUCAGAAGCAGUCUAAUGAGCCAUUAGCAAAUCCUAAUCUUAAACCGCCUUCAAAGUCCUCUGAAAAUAUCUCGACUCAGGAACAACCAAAACCAGAAAGGGGGGUGCUUUCUGGAUUUUUGAAGUUUGCAUCCAGUGAGGAUGUUCGCUCCCCUGGAAACACGAAAAAUCCAGAACAGUCACGGCGAGAAUCGUUUUCUGCCACAGAACAGAAACCCACAGAAAGGGGGUGGUUCUCUAGCAUUUUUAGCUCAGCUUCUCCUCCCCCUGGCUCAAACCAGAAUAAUACAAAUAAUCCUCCAUGUCAAAGCCGUGACGUGUCACCCGGCUCACAUCCAGAACAUGCAUCAGAUUUAAAAACAACACAAACGCAUGAUCGGAUUCAACAGCAAGCUCCAAGUCAAAGUUUUUUAUCAGGACUAUUUCGUGGGAGCUCCCCGGAAGAUAGUAGUCCACAGAAGCAAGGAGGAAUUCUUGAUUCAAGUGGUAACCAACAUCGGCAAAAUAUGAGCUACCAUUCAGUUCAGCAGGAAAGCAGUGUUCAUCGUAAUUUGACUCAUCCCGACAUGCAAAAUCCGAAUCAAGGAGCAGAACUCAGAAAUCAAACCGCAAGACAAAACGAAUCAAAGAUUCCACGACAACAAACCGUUCCAGUUAAGCAACCGCCAUCCAAACAAGGUGGCCUCUUAUCAGGUCUUUUUAAAUUUGCUUCUGCUGACAGCAUAAACACACAAAAUCCACCAUCAACCCAAUCUCAUGGAAUUGGCCAAAGGACAGAACAAGCCCAAGUGAGGAACAUUCAAAAAUCCGAACAAAAUCAACCACGUGACCACUCAAAAGAAAAUAAUCAAUCAGGUGGUUCUUUUGGAACAGAUAAAUCCGCUGCACAAAAACAGCCUCACCAACAAUCCAAACUUCAGAAUAGGCAGCAAUCGAUUCAUGUGGAAGGUAGCCAACAAACCAAAGAGCCUUCAAAUCAAUCUGCAGUGUUCUCAGAUUUGUUUAACAAGUUAACAAAAUCAUCUAAGGACCAUGACAUAACCAGCCAUUCAUCACUAGACCAACUGUCAUCUCAAGAUGGUCAUAAACACGCAGUCCAAAAUACGACAUUGCAGACUCAGGCACAAUUUUCUCCGAAAUCUUUACAAAAAACUGCCCAACAAAGUUUUACUAGACUUGAAAAUAAAAACGUUUCGACGGACUCUACUGCCUAUCAACAGCAUAAAAUAUCAAACCAGAGUUCUGAGGAACUUCUUCCCUCAUCUAGAUUGACAACUAGUGCUGGGAAAAGUGUCAGUCAGGUUCGUGGUCCAAAUAGUUUCAUUCCAAGACCAAGCAGACACGAUUUCAAACGUGCACCCGUCGCAAUUGAUUCUGACAGUCUCGACUUAAGAACGUCUGCUACCUUUGCAAGAUCACAUCAGAGUCACGCCACGUAUUCGUCAUUUAGUACCGGUAAUUUACCUCAGUUAUAUUCCUCUCGCUCUUAUACAAACUGCUCAGUAAAGACCAUCGGACCAUAUAUAUGUGGGAGCAUGCCCUCAUUGUAUGAACCAACAAGCCAAAAUAUUUAUAACGGUCAACUUUCUUCGUAUCAGAUAAGUCCCUCCUAUGAUGAAAACCAGUGGAUCCAUGGUAGCACAAUAUGGCAGCAGUUCCAGAAUGAAUCUUUAAAUUCUCAAUUCCAAGGAGAGGACUCGGGUUAUUCUCAUAGCUAUGAAAAUUUGUCAUUGCAAGCUCUUGGGUACAGUUCUCCAAAAAUCAACCACCAACUUUCUUCCUCUACCACCUGGCAAGGUGCAAUUUGCCAUAAUGAGCCACAUUUGUCGACUGGAAAUGAUGGUUCUUACCCUCAGAAAUUUUGGACUAGUCACGAAGAGUUAGCAAACCUACAGCAUUCAUCUAGUGAACAAGGAAUCUUGAACUUAACAACCAAACCAAAUACGGGAAAAUGGAAUUUGUGUCAUGACGGCAGCACUUACAGCUUGAACGGAAUUACAUACCAUGAAGGCUACUACGAGGAAACGGCACCGAGCUUGUCUUAUUCACCAAAUUGGCAGCAUGGGAUAGAUAACACGAUUCAGCAAACGCAAUAUAAUUUCACUCAGUUAAAAGAUUCAAAUCACUCAAAUGUGAAUCAAGAAAUUGACGAUUCUAUGUACCUAGAAGAUGUAGAAUGGUACCAGCAGUGGCUUACACUGUUGGAGCAAGGAAUGUGGUGGCCAGCUGAAGAUGGUGACUGUGGUUACUUUGUUUAUACGGAUCACGAGUAUAUUUACGCCUUACUCACAGAUUCAGCGGGCGAAUAUGUAUACGCAUGUUCGCCCGAAGAUAAUUCUUCCGGAAAUCCGUGCGAUAGUUUUCCCAGUGCUCUGCUUUUCAAUGAAACGGUUUUAGUGUGUGGCUUCAAAAUUCCACUAUACAAUGAAGAUGAGCUUCUGUGGUUGCCCGGUCAAGAUGUGAAUGAAUCUCAACUCCUCAACGCCCCUUUAGAUUUGUCUGCGGCUUAUAGAAAAGGAAAUCAAAUCAUGAAUCUAAAUCUAGAACAGUUUGCUCAAAUGUUUGAGAAUUCCUUUUUGUUACCAGACCAACAAGGUGUAGAUUUCAGAUCUUACACCUUGAACAAAGUUCGUAUGGAUCCAAGGCAACCCAACUGCAUGCCAGAAGAUGUCAUUGACCUUUCCUGUCAUAAUAACGACUAUCAGGGUCCUCGGUGGAAUAGCCAAGAAACUCGAACAUUUCUUGCUCAAAAAGUUGCCGUUUCCUUGAAUUCCACUGCAACUGUGAGUAAUAAUCAGCAGAUCCUUUACAACUGUUACCAGCCUAGUCAACGACGUCGUUCAUCCACUGGUGUUACCGUAAAACAUGUUGAUGAUGUAUCAGAAGAAGACUGGAAGAAGAGAGUCGCUCCGGGAGAACCACAACCGAAUCGUCAGGUCAAAAAGAUUUCUUCCCUCAUUUCAUCGGUUGUGGGCAAAAGUACAACAGUUGAAUCAAUAAAAUCUAGCUUAUCUUCCUGUAAUCAAAGAGAACCUGACAAUACAACUGAUAAAAAUUCUAAAAAUGUGUUUUCUUCUGGCUUACAAAGUUUGAAGGCAAAGAUAAUCAAAGAAGAAAGUACACCUGAGAGUUCAGCAAAAAAACCACAGGGAAGAAUUCUACCCCAAAUUCCAGUGACCCCUCCAGCAAAGCAAUCUCAUAUCAAUUCACAGAAAUCUCGACUACCCCGACAAAUCACAACAGAGAUAAGCACAAUUCCAUCGAGAUCAAACGAAUCUCAAAUUCAAGACCGGCUGCCUCAACUUGCAACUGAAAAGCCGGUGGAUAUAGCAGCUGGAAAAACCUCUGAGCAACCAGGAUUCAUGAACUUCCUCAAAUCUGCAGUUGGAAUAGAGGAACCCAAGCAAGAGCCGAAGAAGGUUUCACAGACAUCCGUCAAUCAGCAAAUCAAUACUGGUUCAAUAGAAGCAAGUGCUGGUCCAAACAAAGAGUCUACAGGAGGAUCAAAUAUAUUUGGAUCAAUUAGCAGUUUAUUUAACAGCGAGCCCUCUCCGCCACAACAAAAGGACAUGCCCAUGCCAACCACAGCUAGACCCAAGAGUAGUAUACAAAGACAACAAACACUGAACCAAAGUGGUACAACUGUGCCAGAAAAAGAUCUCCCCUCCUCAAAAUCCGAAACAUUUCAAUCGAAAGUUUCAUCACUUCCUGGUCAGACGAAACAAGAAACCAAACCAAAACCCUCUGGAAGCCUGUUUGGCUUUUCAAUUGGCGAAAUGCUAACAGCAGCAACACAAUCUGAACCUACAACUCAAACCACCAAGUCAUCUGCACCUCCACAAGAAUCCUCAUUUGGAAAAAGUUUAUUUUCUGUGCUAAGUGGGUCAACUUCAGCACAAUCUACACCUAGCACUGGGCCGUCUCAAGGAAAUAUACCUAACACCACUCCACAUCAUCCGCAAGUCGAAUCACCUGGUAAAGGUUUACUGACAAUGUUUGGAGGCUCUCACUCCACACCUCCUCCUUCUCAAACAGAGACCAAGGAUGAGGUGCCGCAACAGGGAACUUGUCCUCCAAAAGACCAGCAGACCCCAGGGAUUUUUUCAUUGUUUGGUAGUUCUAACACCCAGCAGUCUCAAUCUCAAACAGGAUCUCUCUUAGGGGGACUUAUUUCUGGAUCAAGUUCCGCUGAAAACCCAGUGAAGGGUCUGUUUUCAAUAUUUAGCGAUCCCAGUCCCACUCCAACCCAACCCCCAAUGACCUCAUCGCCACACCAAAAAGUAGUCCAACCGCAAGCUCAACAACAACGAGAAGCUCCGACACCAAAACAGCAGCCCCAAGCCACAUCAGUUCUAGGGGGUAUCUUAGGGGGAUUGUCUACCUCAAGUGAAGGUCCCAGAAAAUCAUUAUUCUCCAUGUUCAGUACCCCCAAUGCCUCUAAAACACCAGGACCAGUAGGAAAUACUGCUGCACCAACCAAAGAACCCUGUAAAACUGCACCCUCUAUUUCAGACAUUAGCAAACUUACACAGUCAACUCCUAAAUUGUCACCCAGCAAUAGUUCUUCUAUUAAAGAACCUCCACAGUCUUCCCAAGGUCCAUCUGUGUCCAAAACCAUGGUUCAAGAACCUAUGAGUGAGGUUUCAAGUGAAAAUGCAGGAAGCAAUGAAAAAAGUAACUCAAGAGAACCCCAGUCUAUUACGAAGGAUCCUGUAAGUUCAGAACCAAAUUUUGAAUGUGUCCCCAAAACAAGUAUCGCUAAUAGUACCCCUGAAGCUGUUGCACCCCUUGAGGAAAAAACAGCGACGGACCUGAUGUCUAAGGCCAAGGGACUUGAUCAGACAUCUUCAAAAACAGAAUUCAUUUCAGACAGUCCAGUAAAAGGCUUACUUUCAUUAUUUUCUGGACCUAGUGAAAGCCAAAAAGUUUCAUCUCCUACAGCAACAGCAUCUGGAUCACCGAGGCCCAACGAUGCAGAAGCUAAAAGUAUAUUCUCUGUGUUUGGAAACUCGUCCCCUCAACCUGGAUCUCAGUCUGGAGGUUCUUUAUUGGGGGCUAUGUUUGGAGGCUCUUCACCCCAAACUUCACAACCUGGAGGAUCAUUACUAGGCGGAUUAUUUGGAGGGCAGAGUCAGCAGUCUAAUCUGCAGACUCCAAAAAAUAGCGGUUCUGUUCCUCAGACAGCAGGACCUCAAGCAGGAGAAUCCUUCAUUGGAGGCUUAUUUGGUGGAUCUGCUAACCGGACCCCUGGAUCUCAGACUGGAGGGUCUAUUUUAGCAGGCAUAUUCGGAGCUCCAGCAACGUCAACCACAGCAACACAGGCCAGUGGGGCAUUGAGUGGACUAUUUGGUGGUGCUGCCACACAAACUUCAGUCCCUCAAAAUAAUAGCUCUGCUUUGGGAGGUAUUCUGGGAAGAUCAGCUACAGUCCAGAAGGCCGAAGCUUCAAUUCCUGCUGAAUGUCCUGGUGCAAGUUUGCUUCCAGCAUCCAAAGAUUCAGUUUUAUCUGAAUCGUCCACACCAACGGCUAAACCAAAUUUAAAUGAUGACCAGAAAACCACCACUCUCUCUGAACCUAUACAAAAAACAUGUGAUGACCAUACCGCCGCUCCAUCUUUAGAUGUUCAAGAAUCGUCCACAAUUACCGUUGUCCCUCAAAGCACAGAACAGAACACAGACACAUUGCAGAAGGCCGCUUCUACAGGUCCAGUCGAAAGCCCACUUCAAAAACCUGGUGACCUUGAUAAAACCGACAAACCAACCAAAGAAGAUCAUGACUCCGAAUAUGAAACUUGUAUUCCAGUGCAAGAACCCACGGAAGCAACGAUUGUAAGUGAUCAAUCUACUCUGCAAAAAACACCUCCGAAAAACGAAGGGGAGACAACCACACCUGUGGUUGAGAUGCCUCAAAAGACACCAACAGUGGACAAAACUGUUGGUAGCUCAUCAACAGAUACAGGAACAGAUACAGUCACAGGCUUAUUGUCCUCCCUUUUUAAACCAAUAGUGUCUUCAGAUGCAGGUCCUCAGUCUCAAGAGAGGAGUUCACUUUUUGGACUGGGAGGAUCAGCACCUCAAGCCACUGCUAGCCAACCUGGAGCUUCUCUACUUGGGAGUAUUUUUGGAGGUUCCAACACUCCGACAGCACCUCCUAACUCAGGUGGAAGUUUAUUAGGAAAUUUAACCAAGGGUUCUGCUCCCCAAUCUAAUACCGCACCCUCUCCAGGAGGAUCAAUCUUUGGAAUGUUCGGAGGACAAUCCAAUGCAAAGCCAAAUGUCCCAAAAACUGGUGGGCAGUUACUAGGUGGGCUUUUUGGAGGGACUGCUGCCGCUGCACAGUCUGGCGGCUCUUUCCUCGGAGGAAUGUUUGGAGGUCUCGCGGCCCAGACUGCAGGAUCACAAACUGGAACACCAGGAGGAGGGGCUGCACCUCGGAGUAUGGGGCAACCAACAAAGCCAUCUGAAUCAAUGCCAACUGAGCAGAAGCCAAAAACUACGACUACCUCACAACCACAUGACAAUUUGGCACCAAAUACUACCGUGACAAAUUCAAAUAAAAUGGUGGACUCCAACCAAGAAAGUUGCACUCAGGAGAAUUCAAGCAUCAUGCCAAAAAAUAUUGUAGCGUCAGCUGAGGCUGCUUGUGAAGACGCAACAUCUUCCACAAAUAAAUGUGAACAGGUCGGUCAAACCGACAACACAAAAAAAGAAACGUCAACUGUUGAGGAAAACAUCAUCCGCACCGAGGAACCGUCUAGGCAUGAAGAGGACAAAUCUAUUCCAAAAAAUAAUUCCAAUACAGCCCAACCUGUUGCCAAUUUGCAAAAAGAUGCAGAACCACCUCAAAGCAAGCCUUUGUUUGGUUUUAUAUCAACACAGAGCGACGCAGGAAAAUCACUCGGUUCUUUAUUUUCCCCACAAACGUCAUCUCCUGCUUCAGCAGAAACGGGAAGUUCUCUUUUUUCAGGAUUAAAAACACUAUCUGGAGGCUUAUUUCAAGAGGACAAAACUGUUACUCCUUCAUUAUUUCGGACAAAGAUUGGAUUUCCCUGGCAAGCGGAGCAAGCCGCUGCUCCGGUAAUAACAUCUCAACCAAAGAACAAUAGCAAGCCUACAAGUGGCGAAACACAAAAUGUUUCCACAUCCGACCCCUCAAAAGCUGAAUCGGUAGGUUCCACAGAUGAGGUAGCCCACCCCCAGGUACGCAUUUCCACCCCUGACCUAGAUUCCUCCACAUCCUUGACCUCCAAAGAUACCAAAAUGCUUGUAGAAACAAACCCUUCUGCAGGUCCUACCGCCGACGAGCCGUUGGACGACUCAUCUAAGAGGAUUCUGUUGAAUACCAAAAGGCUAGUAAAAGCAUUAUAAAUGGACGUGUUCCUUACCAUUUAUGAUGCAAUUACACCCCUCCCCCUCCCAAAAAUAAAUGACACGCUCAGCUCUGCAACCCUCCUUACUUUAAUUCAAAGUACAUUAAAUAUUCAUGUCACUACAAAACAUGAUUCCAAUGUCAAACACAUUUUACUCUAUUUUAUGGGCCUCAAUUUGAUAACUAUUUUCAAUUGGUACAUCAAAGAAGAGUAAAAAAGAAAAAAAAUUAUCUGUCUCGUGUCAUUUGCCGUUGUUUUUUUAUUUACAGCAUGUCGACAUAAAAUGUGUUUGAGCAUGGGAGUCUGGUUUUCUUUCCAUAUUCAUAGUGCAUGUGCAUUGGUUUUUCAUAUUUCAUCAUUCACAUUUCAUAUUUGUGCAGUAUUCAUAUAAAUUCCUCCAAAAUAUAUAACUAGGAUCUAUACGUAACUGCUAACAUAUCUUCAAUUUGCGUAUUUCACUAUUUUUAACAUGCCACAAUCUCACCUUUCAAGGUUUGGUAUCUUUUUAGGUUGUGUGUUGUAUCUAUGCAACACGUGUUUUAGUAUGUAGAACAAAUAUUGAUCAAGCAAAAUUGAAUAUUAAAUAAUUGUUAGUAGAUCAGUGGGGCUCACUUAUCAUAAAUUUGUUCAACAUUCACUUAUUUGGUCAUUUAAAAAUCUCAACUCAAUAUGUUUUGAAAAAAUGUUUACCACAAAAAUCCCCACUUAUCUAACAAAAGUCAUAGAACUCAUUCAUUUAUAAAGUUUUGAUCUAAAAAAUAAAUCUGACAUCAUUU